AUGAGGAAGAAGAUGUGUACCGUGUUAGUGUUGCUCUUGUCAUUGCUUUCUUUACUCUAUGUUCCAUCGGAAUCAGCUGUUGCAAGCGUAGAUCUAGGUUCAGAAUGGGUCAAAGUCGCCGUAGUUAACAUCAAACGAGGGCAGAGUCCAAUCUCUGUAGCCAUUAACGAGAUGUCCAAGAGGAAAUCUCCAAGCUUAGUGGCGUUCCACUCCGGUGACAGGUUACUAGGCGAGGAAGCUGCAGGAAUCACGGCUCGUUACCCUAAUAAAGUUUAUUCACAGCUCAGGGACAUGGUUGGGAAGCCUUUUAAGCAUGUCAAGCAUUUUAUUGACUCUUUCUACUUGCCCUUUGAUAUCGUUGAAGAUUCGAGAGGUGCGGUUGGUAUUAAGAUCGAUGAUGGUACGACUGUUUACUCGGUGGAGGAGUUGUUAGCUAUGAUCUUGGGUUAUGGUUCUGACCUGGCUGAGUUCCAUGCGAAGAUCCCCGUGAAGGAUAUGGUUGUUUCGGUUCCACCUUACUUUGGGCAGGCUGAGAGGCGGGGUUUGAUCCAGGCUUCUCAGUUGGCUGGGGUUAAUGUUCUUUCCUUGGUUCAUGAGCAUUCCGGUGCAGCUUUGCAGUAUGGGAUUGAUAAGGAUUUCUCUAAUGGGUCGAGACAUGUUAUAUUUUAUGACAUGGGUUCGAGUAGUACUUAUGCAGCCCUUGUCUAUUAUUCUGCUUACAAUGAGAAGGAGUUUGGCAAGACUGUUUCUGUCAACCAAUUUCAGGUCAAGGAUGUUAGAUGGGACUCGGGACUUGGAGGACAGAGUAUGGAGAUGCGCUUGGUAGAGUACUUUGCAGAUGAGUUUAAUAAGCAGCUCGGUAAUGGAGAUGAUGUGAGGAAGUUCCCUAAAGCAAUGGCUAAAUUAAAGAAACAAGUCAAACGUACAAAAGAAAUUUUGAGUGCAAACACUGGGGCUCCAAUAUCUGUUGAAUCUCUCCAUGAUGAUCGUGACUUCAGGAGCACAAUUUCCCGUGAGAAAUUUGAGGAACUCUGUAAAGAUCUUUGGGAAAGAUCUCUUACACCUUUAAAAGAUGUGCUCAAGCACUCAGGUCUGAAAAUGGAUGAUAUAUAUGCAGUUGAGCUAAUAGGAGGAGCUACUAGAGUCCCCAAACUACAGAGCACGAUCCAGGAAUUUAUUGGGAAGCAAGAGUUAGACAAACAUCUGGAUGCUGAUGAGGCUAUUGUCCUCGGCUCAGCGCUACAUGCUGCUAACUUGAGCGAUGGAAUCAAAUUAAAACGUAGGCUGGGUAUAGUUGAUGGUUCUCCCUAUGGAUUUCUAGUUGAGUUGGAAGGCCCUAACGUGAAGAAAGAUGAGAGUACAAAGCAACAACUCGUACCACGAAUGAAAAAGCUACCCAGCAAGAUGUUCAGAACCUUUGUCCUUGACAAAGAUUUUGACGUGUCACUUGCUUAUGAGUCCGAGGAUAUCCUACCCCCAGGAAUUACCUCCCCUGUGUUUGCCCAGUAUUCUGUUUCUGGUUUGACGGAUGCAACUGAGAAAUAUUCUUCCCGGAAUCUAUCAGCACCUAUCAAGGCAAAUCUGCAUUUCUCUCUAAGUAGAAGUGGGAUUCUCAGUCUAGAUCGGGGAGACGCUGUAAUUGAAAUCACAGAAUGGGUUGAAGUUCCUAAGAAGAACGUGACUAUUGAUAGUAACACAACAUCAACAACAGGCAAUACCUCUACUGGAGCUGCCUCUGACGAAAAUUCACAAGAAAAUAAAGAGGAGGUACAAGCUGAUGCUGGAAACAGCACUGCUGAAGAACCAGCUGUGGUAGACCUGGGGACAGAAAAAAAGCUGAAAAAGCGGACAUUUAGGAUUCCUCUGAAGGUAGUUGAGAAAACUGUUGGAGCUGGGGCACCUUUUACGAAAGAGUCACUUGCUGAAGCUAAGACAAAAUUAGAAGCCUUAGACAAGAAAGAUAGGGAAAGAAGAAGAACGGCUGAGCUAAAAAACAACCUCGAAUCUUAUAUAUAUGCCACCAAAGAGAAGCUAGAAACACCCGAGUUUGAAAAGAUUUCCACCCAAGAAGAGCGCAAGGCGUUUGUUGAGAAGCUUGAUGAGGUGCAAGACUGGCUUUACAUGGACGGUGAGGAUGCUAAUGCCACUGAGUUUCAGGAGCGGCUUGACUCACUAAAAGCCAUUGGCAGUCCCAUAUCGUUGCGAUCGGAUGAGCUUACAGCACGACCCGUAGCAGUUGAAUACGCUCAAAAAUACCUAACCGAAGUGAAGGAGAUCAUAAAAGAGUGGGAAACGAACAAAACUUGGCUUCCAAAAGAAAAAAUCAACGAGGUCUCAAAGGAAGCAGAGAAAGUAAAAAGCUGGUUGGAGAAGAAUGAAGCUGAGCAGAAAAAGACUGCUAUGUGGAGCAAGCCAGUGUUCACGUCAGAUGAAGUGUACGCCAAAGUAUUUACUCUGCAAGACAAGGUGACGAAGGUGAAUAGGAUUCCAAAGCCAAAGCCAAAGAUAGAGAAAGCAACCAAGAAGGAGAAUGCAACGAAGGACGAGGAAAAAUCAAACGGCUCAGAAGAUUCCACCAAUUCUUCGGAAUCUGAAGAUGCAGCCAAAGAAGAAGAGGGCCACGACGAGCUUUGAUUAACAUUACAUAAUAAUAGAGUUUUCAUUGAACUUAAUUUUGUGUGUUCAAGUGUCAAAUAGGAAGGUUGGUUAGUAAAAGCCAAGCUGAGCUGAGCAAAAGGAUUUGAUUCCUUUCUCAACUUCAUCAUAUCAAGUUUUGGUCUCUUUUUCUUCUUUCAGUUGAAACUUUAAUAUAGUAGAACAUUUUUAUUUAAUUUCUAUGUUUUUCCAUUAUACAAAAACAGUGCUCACUGCAUUGUCUAACUAGUAUACUCUGUACACAUGC